GGCUCCAAACCGAGAUGUCAGCUGGCACUCCAGAGCCAAAAAUCAACAACAAAUCGACUCCAGCAGCCGGCCCUCGAGUGCCUCUCUGCUCUGGUUUUAUCUGAUUGUCGGCAUGAAGGAUCAUUCAGCCGGGCUGUGAACCUCACGCAGGAAGGAUGUCGCUGACGUUGGGCUCUGUGUCCAAGCUGUUCACCAUCGAGGUGCUCGAGGAUGCGGUGCGGCGCGCCCUGGAGGCUGACGGCAGGCCUGCCGGGCUCAAGGUCGUGGGCCACUCGGUGGAGCUGGGUGCCGACAAGGGCACCGGCUACCUGGGCGUCGUCUACAGGAUCAGGGUGCAGCUGUCGGACGGCUCCGAGCUCAGUCUGAUUGCCAAGGGCAUGCCGGAGAAUGUUGUGAGGCGUAAGACCUUCCGCUGCGACUACUACUUCGAAAAGGAGGUCUUCUUUUUCACCAAAGUGGCACCCUUGUUUCGAGAGUUUGAGCUCAAGCAGCGCGGCGUUGAAAAGGUCGCUGUGGACACCUACAUGCCCAUCGCCAGGUGCUACCAUGCGGUAAGCGACGGCGAAAACGACUUCCUCGUUUUCCAGGACCUGAAGACGCUGGGCUACGAGAUGACGGACCGCGUGUCCGGUCCCACGGUGGCGCAGAGGCAAGGGCUGCUGCACACCCUUGCCCGCUUCCACGCCCUCUCGUACGGCCUAUUGCGUCUCGAGCCAGAAAAGUUAGCGUCGACGGCCGAAGCCUUUCCAGAGCCGUGGUUUUCUCAACCGCUCGCGCCUUUUUACGAGGCCUACAUGUUCAAGCUGUACAACAUCUGGAAGCGUGCUCUGCAGGAUGAACUGCAAGGCACCGACUAUUGGCGCAAGUUCCUCGAGUUCGGUCCCGAUGCAAAAAAGCUGUUUGAAAACAUGUGCGACGCGAUGCGGCACGUCGGGCCCGCGGUAAUCAACCACGGCGAUGCCUGGUCCACCAACUUCCUGUUCGGCCGGCAGGACGAGAUCAUGAUGAUCGACUUCCAAAUUAUGCGACACGCCUCGCCCAUGACCGACGUUAGUCUCUUUAUCUUCUCCUGCACCACUGAAGAGCAGCGGGCUGAUGCUGGAGGCAUGCUUGCCAUUCUCGACGAUUAUUACCAAGUGCUAUGCAGGAGCGUCAAAGAACUGGGCUUAGACGAGUGCCCUUUGAGUUGGGAGCAGCUGCUGGAGCAGUGGCGCGUCAAUGGCCGGCUGGGCUUUUCAUCAGCGCUGGAGCUAGUGCUGCUCUCCGUGGUUGAGACCGAGGAUGUACAGGACCUGGACAGAAUCGACGGUAACGAGCCUGUGCCGCUCGUCGAUAUCACUCAGUUCAAAGACGUCACUGACCCUGAGGGCAGGAAGCGGCUAGCCGACCUGACCAGACUCGCGGCUGACUUUGGCAUGAUUUGAAAAUUCUCUCUGGACGCGACUUUAUUAAUUAGGCAAAAUAAAAACUAAUUAUUUGUAACGAAA